AUGGGGGGGGGGGUUGCGGCAGCCCCUUUGUCGGGUCCUAACGUCACCUUGGAGGGCGUGUACCACUGUCACCAAGGUCCCACCAUCGCAUUGGACCAAGUGUGCGACUUCCAGACAGACUGCCCGCUCGGAGACGACGAGGGCGACCGCUGCAGGCGAUUCCUCAAUGGAAGCUACUGCUCUUUUGAAGAAGACGAGUGCAUGUGGAAGUCCAUCCCGGGACGCACUUUCUCCUGGAGACGACUGCAGAGUCCGGCCAAAGCCACCAGACAGAUCUGCCCCUCAUCAGGUGGCACAUUCAGCGUGGAGGGUGGUCAGACCAAAGGACAGCGGGGGUCGGCCUUACUGAGAAGCCCCAUGUUUACUCCACCGCUCAGAAACUCUCCCUGCAAGGUCCGUUUUUGGGUGUGUGCCGGCGGUCUACAGAAGGGGGCGCUGUCCUUGUGGAUUGUAGAGAACAGCACUGGACCGGAGGAGCAGCGCAGACUGUGGCACUCGGCCAGCGAAGCCAGAUCGGAGAGCGGCUGGAAGCUCAUCUCUAUCCCCCUCUACGGCCUGGCAGACUGGUUCUGGCUGCAGUUCAGCGCCGAGGACGGGCCUGGCGUCGGUUCAGUGAUCUCCAUCGACAACAUCUCUUUCACCAUGGACUGCUUCUUGGCAUGUGAGUGUUGA